CCUAUAACGAUUAUGUCUUCAUGCAAUGUGCGGAAAAAUUGAAGGAGUGCUCAAAAUGUCUAAAAAGAAAGGAAUGCCUCCUUCCUUGGCAGCAUUUUCAGACCAGACUUUCAGCAUCUCACGGCUUCUUUUCGCCCGCUUAGAUCAAGUGUUUACUUCUCGCUUGACCCUCUCAAUUGCUGGUUUCAGAAGCGGCUAUCCACUGUUCGUACCAGGGACUAGAACCGUCCACGACCGUAGCCAAGAUGUCCAAAGCGACACAGAAGAACACCAAUGUGGAUAUUUCGCCUGCUGGUAACACGGUCGUUGGGCUCCAGAGUCCGACUGAUGUUUCCGACGAUUCUCGCUCUCGUGGAAUUGCAAACAUAAUUAUGAUGGUGUGUCUGAUAAUGGCAGUAUCGCUUGUGGCAUCGAAUGCAACGAUCUUAGGAACCGCAUGUGUUGCUUUCAUACCCUGAUUUCAACGUCUGCGUGGACGCUGAUAAUAAAAUAGGCCAUUCCGUCCAUCACUUCGGAGUUCAAUACUGUACAAGACGUGGGAUGGUAUUCCGCGGCAUAUUUCAUUUCAAGCUGCACGAUGACACCUCUGACUGGUGUAUUGUAUCGGAUGUUCAAUAUCAAAGUCAUAUACUUGGGAUUCAUCGGUAUAUACGAACUUGGCUGUCUUGUAGCUGGAACCGCGCAAUCAUCAAGCGCCAUAAUUGUGGGAAGGGCAAUCUCAGGUAUUGGUAGUGGUGGUCUGAUCACCGGAACUACGACAAUAAUAGCCUCGACCGUGCCUUUGAGUAGGCGGGCUUUUGUUAUGGGUGUCGGCAUGGCGUGUCUCGCCUCCGGCCAAGCAGUCGGCCCUGUGCUGGGAGGAGUACUCACCACCGUGUCGUGGAGGUGGUGUUUCUAUAUAAAUCUACCUUUGGGUGGUGUGGUUGUCAUCGUGCUUGGUAUCUUCAUGAAACUACCUGUAAGCAGACUCACAACAACUGAGCUCACUGUCCUCCAAAGACUAAGAACUAUUGACAUUGUUGGAUUCUUCGGGUUUGCAACUGGUUGUGUUAUGUUGCUUCUUGGACUCGAGUGGGGAGGCGACAAAUAUCCAUGGAGUUCAGCCACAGUGGUCGGGCUUCUCUGUGGAGGAGGAGCUAUAUUUAUUGGUCUCCUUGGCUGGUUCAUCUACCAAGGUGAUGCCGCUUUGAUUCCACCACGACUGUCAAAAGACAGAAAAAACAUAGCCAUCGGCCUCACUGCAUUUGUGCAGUCAGGUGGCGUGUUUACAGCAGCUUAUUGGUUGCCGAUUUGGUUUCAGGCCGUCAAAAGUGCCUCACCCAUAUCAAGUGGGACUAUGAUACUGCCCUCUGUCAUCUCGCAACUCAUAGCAGGAGUGGCUUGUGGUGCAAUUGUACAGAAAACGGGAUACUACCUUCCUGAGGUGAUUGGAGGUAACUGUCUAAUUAUUGCAGGAGCAGCUCUGAUGUCCACAAUGCAGCCGGAUACAUCUGUGGGUCGGUGGAUCGGCUACCAGAUCUUGCUCGGAACUGGAAGAGGUUUCGUGAUGCAGUUGGUGAGGAUCUUUCUCUUCAAUCCUCGGCCAUUUCAGCGAUGUGGUUACAAUGCUGAUCCAUCAAAGUUGGUGACAGCCAUCCAAACAAAUCUUCCAGCUGAAGAUGCAUCUCUGGGAUCAGCUUAUGUUCUGUUCGCUCAAUACUUUGGAGGCGCAAUUUUCGCAGCCGCGACUAAAACGGUCUUCACAUCCUCAAUGAAGCCAGCAGUAGCGAAGUUCGCUCCAGGCCUUGAUUCAACGCUUCUGAUACGUUCUGGCGUCACUGAAUUGCACCAUAACGUCCCGGAGAAUUACCUGGAGGGAGCAAUUUUGGCUUAUAAUCAGUCCAUUAAUCAUGUCUUUGUAAGUAAGUACAUUAUUUGGGUAGAAAACAAAACUGAUACUAGAGCAUCAGUAUGUGCAACUUGCUGCGGCAUGUAGCGCUCUGCUCACAGGUUGCUUUGUAGGAUGGAGAAAGGUCAACUCAAGGGGCACUAGAGAGCAACAGGAAAGUAGUGAUCUAGAGAGUGCCGGAGUUGAGACUUCGGUCAAGAAAGAGGACGAAGAGAAAGCCAUACCGAAGGGCUAAUUAAUGACAAAUCAUUGGUAGUACUGUUGGUAUUUAGAGAAUAAUGAAGAUGUAAU